AUGGUCCCAGCCCGGCUGCAUGGGAGCCUCUGCCAGCGGCGGGGAACCCGGGAUGCCAACUCACCGAGGGUGACACGGGCUCACCCCAGAGCUUCAUCCCACCGCGAAAGUCGCAGGCACGGCGCCAGAGCCAAGAGCCCGCGGGCCCCCAGCCCCACGCCUCACCCACGCACGCUGUGCCGCGGGCCGGCCGUGUGCCGUGGCUCCCGCAGCUUCCAUCGCUCCACGACUGCGUUUAUUCACGGGACUGCGUGGGCGCAGGGGGCGCUCAGCUUUGGACAGAGGCUGAUCUCGCGUGGAGCCGACACCAGCCCGCACAGGGGGUCCCGGCAGUGCCGCGGGGAUCGCCGGGGCUCCCGGAGUGUUCGGCCCCGAGACGCCGGCGGGUUCCCAGGGUGCCGGCUCGGUGGAACGCUCCCGGGAUCCCCGCGGGUGCCCGCCCCGGGGCCGGAGGUGCCGCCCGCGCCCCGCCCCGCCCGGCUCGCAGCGGAAGCGCCACGUCAGGGGGGCGGUGCGGGGCGGUGCGGGGCCGGCGGCGGUGCCGGUGGCGGGUUGCGGGUGGCGGUGGCGGUGCCGGUGGCGGUGCCGGGGUGCGGGUGCCGGCGGCGGGGCCGGUGGCGGUGCCGGUGCCGGUGCCGGGUUGCGGGUGCCGGUGGCGGUGCCGGUGCCGGUGCCGGGUUGCGGGUGGCGGUGCGGGGCUCGGUGCGGGUCGCGAUGCCGGGCGCGGUGCGGACGCUGUGCCUGGCCGCGCUGCUGGGCGCGCUGCGGGCCGGCGGCACGGAGCUGACGCUGGAGCUGCCCGACAGCGCCCAGCGCUGCUUCCACCAGGAGCUGGAGAGCGGCGUCAAGUUCACCCUCGACUAUCAGGUGAUCAGCGGAGGACACUAUGAUGUGGACUGCUACGUGGAGGACCCCAACGGCAAGACCAUCUACCAGGAGACCAAGAAGCAGUAUGACAGCUUCUCGCACCACACCGAGGUCAAGGGUGUCUACACCUUCUGCUUCAGCAACGAGUUCUCCACCUUCUCCCACAAAAUCGUCUACUUCGACUUCCAGGUGGGCGACGAGCCGCCCAUCCUGCCCGACAUGAACAACCGCGUCACUGCCCUGACACAGCUGGAAUCUGCCUGUGUCACCAUCCACGAGAUGCUGAAGGCAGUGAUCGACUCCCAGACCCACUACCGGCUGCGGGAGGCGCAGGACAGGAGCCGAGCUGAGGAGCUCAAUGGCCGCGUCUCGUACUGGUCAGUGGGGGAAACCCUCAUCCUCUUCGUGGUCAGCAUCGGGCAGGUGAUGCUGCUCAAGAGCUUCUUCACCGAGAAGAGACCCAGCAGCGGCGGAGCUGGCACCUAGAGCUGCAGUGCCUGUGCCCGACUGGAGCAGGCAGUGGGACGGCCUGGGGCUGCACUGCACCUCUGAUCUGUGCCGUGGGCAGGCGGGGGGUGGGAGCAGGGGGUGACACUGCUGAGAUGUGACACUGCCACCCAAGGACAGGCGUCCCCCAGCAUCACCUCCCACUUGCCAUCGCCCGGCCUACCCUGUCCCCUCGCCUGGCCAGCCUGUCCCCCUUCUCUGGCUGCACUGGGAAGGGGGUGGGACCAGCACCAGCACAGCAUUGGGGCGCCCUCGUGACUGGGACGUGACUGGGAUGUGACUGGGAUGUGACCACACACCGCCCCUGAAGCCCUGUGCAGCCACCGAGGGCAGGGGCAGCGCUGGCCCACCUGCACCCACCCAGUGCCCUCCGCCCCAGGAGAGCUGCCCGUGGGCUGGGGGUCUCUGUCUGCACCCCAGCUGUCCUGUGGCAGGCAGGGUGCUCCCAGCAGCAAGACACAGCAACAGCAGCGUCCAGCAAGGGAAGGCUGCUUGCUGGCUGGUCCUCUGGCUCGGCCAGCUCCUCUCCUCGCAGCAAUUCUCAGGCUGGCAGCAGGUGGAGUGCCUGUACCACGUGGUUUUCAUACUCACACGAGUCUGUGCCUGAGACUCAGCCCCCUCUCACGUUCCCCCCACACGUGCCAAGGAAGCCCCAUCCCUGCCCCAGAAGCAUGGAGGACCCACACACACCUGGGACUGCAGCCCCUCAUUCCCUGGAGCCCCCCAAGACCCCUGGAGUGACUGGUGUGCUGCCCCUCCAGCCCUCAAGCAGGUGUGAGAUAAUUUUUCAGAGCUGAAGCAACUCCACUGGACUUUCCUUUGCCCCUUUCAAAUAAAUCCCUGCAAGCAUG